AUGAAGACAAGGGUAUGUUGGAAUCUGUGUUGGGUGCAGAAGCUGUUGCACCUUGUUUCCAAUAAUUUCGUCUCCAUCGUGGUUGCUUCUGCUUUGACUUUGGCCGUAACUGAUGCUGGCGUCUGGCGGUGGCUGUGCCAGGUUCUAGAGGGUUCCAAGUGGAAUUACGCUAUUUUUUGGUUGGUUGCUGGGCUGAAAUAUGGUGGCUCCGCCUUGAUUUGGGGCGACGGCCAAUGCUGCGAUCCCAAAGGGGGCGAAGCUGGCGAGGGAGGAUCUGAAGGGAAUUGGAGUGGAGUUAGUAAGGGUGAUGAAGAGGAGUUGCGAAAGAAGGUGCUGGAGAAGCUUGAUGCAUACUUUGCUUGCUAUGUGUCGAAAGAGGCAAAUUAUGCAAGAUUAGAUAGGGUUUCGGAGUUGCAUAUGUUUUAUUUGGCCUCAAAGUAUUAUAUAUUUGGUUUCGAUUCGCCUUGUGGCCCUGGUGGCUCUUUCAAGUUUGAAUCAAGAUCAUUACUUGGGAGAUCAGUUGGUCUUCAAACGGUUGUUUUUGUGCCUCUUAAAGUCGGAGUUGUUGAGUUUGGUUCCGUAGAAACAAUGCCAGAAGAUCAGGGUGUUUUGGAUUUGGUCAAGAUAGCAUUUUAUGCGAGUAAGUUGGCCUCUUGGAUCUCCACCCGGUUUCCGUAG